AUGAAUCUCAGCAGCUUAAAACACCUCUUUGCUCUUCUGCUUUUGACUUCUUUAACUUUCACUUCAAAUUCUUUUAAUUCUUCAGGGGCUGGCUCGGUUUUAAGGUUAACUGGGGCAUGUAUUCUUGUUGCUCUAUCUUCUUUUCAUGUUAUUCCUAUUUUUCCGCAAGAAUUUGAACAGGCUGAAAAUCUUGACAAGUUAGAGGUUGCAUACAAAAAAUACCCAUCUGCCGAUGCUAUGACUUCAGGUGCUUCUUAUGACCAAGCUAUAGCGAUCUCUCCUGGUCCGAAUACAAGAGUCUUGAUGAAUGAAAGUGCUACACACAAAAACUUGGGCAUACAGUCUAGCAGCGAUGUCAUUAAAUCAGAUAAAGAUAAUGCCAGCGCUUCGAAUAUUACACCUCCAACUGGAAAUGUAGAAUUCAAAAUUUCAACUUCAGAUAUCACAGAGAUGCCCUCAAAAAAGCCUUCUUCUUCCAACAUGUCUGCUGAUAUGAAUUUGGAUAAGUCUAAAUGGUAUUAUAACUUUGAAUUUCGCUCGGAGAUAGAGCGUUCUUUUGCCUUUUAUGGUUUUUAUUUCGGUGGGAUCCUUGGAUCGGUGGUUACCAUAUUUACUUCGUACUACAGCACUCAAGAGAAUCUAGGUGCCAGUGCUACAUUCCUCUUUUUUGGAGGGCUGAUUUCUUGUGCUUCAAUCUAUGGGACAUUCUUAGGUAUUGGGCGUUUGUUUCUUGGAAUCGGCAGUGGAAUUGCUGGUACAAUGGUUCCCAUUUUUAUUAGCGAUUCCCUGCUGAUUUUAGAUUAUAAGUUCAUAGCCGAGAGUUUUACAACCAUUUAUCCACUAAUUCUUUCAGGAAGUGGACUUUUUAAUGGAUUCCUCCAACAGUAUUGGUUACAUAGCUAUUCUUUGGCCUGGAGAAUUCUUAAUUGUGGAACCGCAUUAUUAGCACUAAUAGCCUUUUUUCUUGUAUUUAUUCCGUUUUUUGAGCAAGAUUUUUUCCCUGGAAAAUAUGUUUUGUAUCGGCAAGAUUUGUCCCCUGGAAACUAUUUUCUUUCUGAGAAAGAUUCACCCCCUGGCGAAGAUUCACAGCCUGGCCAAGAUUCACCCCCUGGCGAAGAUUCACAGCCUGGCCAAGAUUUAUUCCCUGAAGAAAAUCUCCUUCUUAAAGAUAAAAAUAUAUCCAAAAAAAUUUUGAUCAUCAAAAAAACCUUUAAAGAGAACAUAGUUAGUAUUUUUUGUUCGGUUAUUAAGGAGGGGAGGAAAUCGUUUCUAAUUAUCAUCUUCCUCCAUAUUCUUCAAAAGUUUUCUCUGAUUAACCGAUAUUUUUGCUACAAAGGGGAAAUAUCUUACAGCCCGUGGGAUAUUUCUUUUCUUGUGGAACUUGCUCCUUUACUUGGAGCAUUUUUAAAUGUUGCAAUUAACGCUCUAAAAAACCUGGACGGGACAAGCAAUAAUUUUAUCGUGAAUGUAGCCAAUAGGGUUGAUAUGAAAUAUAUCGGUGUAGUUAGUGGAGCUGGAUGCACAAUUUCUUCGUUCUUACUCUUCAUUAGUUUAUGGACCAAUAUAGAACCGAUAAAAGUUACUGCAUCAUUCAGCUUUAUCUUUUUUUUUCAUUCGGGUUUGAAUCUAUCCCUUGGAUGA